CAUCCUUCCACUGACACACCAUGUAAUUUCUGAACGUUAGUGAUUUGGGGGUUUAUUUUGUGUUUGUGUGUGUUUGUGUGUGUGUCCCUCUGCUUGUCUUCGUUUUGACGAAUCUCCAACAACACUACGCGGAUCUCCAAAAGACAUUUCCAACUGCGCGUCUGUUCUUGAAGGCAAUAAGAAGGAGACGGAGGACAUUUUUUGUCUUUUCGCACCCCCCUCUCCCCUCCUGUGCUGUGCUCCGAUCCUAAAAUCUGUCCGAUGGUACCCGGCAGAGGGACUCCCAGCAUCUGAUCGCCCGACGCGGGAUGCAAGUCGUCCACCUCUCCAUCAACAGGACGAGACGUUUCAAGGAUAUCAGCGAGGGAAAAGCGGAGGAUUUGUUUAUCUUUGAAAGGGGGCUUUGAUUAAGAGUCGACAGGUGAAAAGGACGUUGCGCUCGGCUCUGCUUCGUUGGUGGGAUUUGCAAAAUUUCAUGCAUUUUUCCCCCCCCAAAACUCACCGAUUCGUGACUAGUUGGUUGCAAUUUGUCGUAUGAAAACCCGAGUUCAAACACAGACUUGCUCCAUGGCCACACUGCCGUAAUGCACAAAAUAAGAGCGCACUUUUCAUAGCCUCCGAAGAGGACGCACGGAAGGCGGGCGGCGGUGUAAAUAAAGCCCCGGUGUCAUGUGCUGGUGACCCAUCGGAGCAGCAGCUAAACAAACCAUAUGGCUUAACGGACGCGCACGAACAGCGGGUGAUUUCACGUGAAUAAGUCGCGAGCAGCCAGACUCUGUUCAAAAUCACUGCCUCCAGUUUUCUCUGAAGGGAUGUGUAGUUGUGAGGCUGCAGUUUGCACGACAGACAGAAAGCAAUAACACUGAUAUGAGGCAAUAACAAGAAAAAGAAAUUCUUCCAAAGCCAAAGAGAGGUGGAAACAAGCGAGAGGAUACUUCACACUGCUUCCAUUUGCCAUCUCACGCACACUGUGGCUGUGUCACGCUCCUUUUUUUUGCCCGGACCACAUCUGCAGCUGCUAAACGUGUCCUGCAUGCAACACUGUGUCAGACUUCUCUGCACAAUCACUCCAGAGCUCUCUCGCGCGCUGCGUCUUCCAUUUCCGGCACAGAUUCCACCAGACACCUCAACAUCGUCUCCUAUCAGAUCAGCCUAUAAGGUGUCAGUCUUCCAGUGCCAUUCACUGACCAGCCAGGGUGUCAGGACACUGGCAUUAUUUGGUGCACACAGUCUCACCGUGGAGAUAAACAGGCCUGAGGGUGUGCCACAGAGUAUAAAUAGUUGAACAAAGGGCCUUUUGGAGCGACAAGGGGCCGAAACCUGAAACUCUGAGUGAUUCCUCCCUCUUGUAAUCCAAUACGCUCACACGCUGAGAGGCUCUCGAGCAGCAAAGAGUGAUUUAGAUCCUGAGAGGGUGAGGAGACGAGGUCUGCGGGGCUCUCGCUUUCCACACUGCUGCCGCCAGGCUUUUCAGGUGCUUGAGAAGACCGGAUCAUCGAGAAGACCCACCCACCCCUCCUUCCAGCCUUUGUAUCAGCUGGAAAAAAAGAAGGAGAGGAAGAAGAAGAAGAAGAAGAAGAAGAAGAAGACACCCAGGGUGGACCACACCCAGAGUCCCAGCAGCCUCUUCUCACCUACCAGACUUUUUAUCACAGUCACAUCUUUGGCAUCUUAAUACCCAUCACCAAGCUGGAGUAGCUGCUGUAGAUCUGUCUUGUGUCUUCCAUUUUGAAGCGUGUGUGUGUCUGAGUGAGAGUGUGUGUAAGUGUGUGUGGUGUGUUUUGACGCCGUAGAGAGCCACCACCACCAGUCUCCUCUCUCCUGUCAGGAUGUCUGCAGCACCAGAGCUGCUGCUGCUGCUACCUCUGGCCCUCCUGGCGCUUCAAGCAUCUCUGUGCCACGGCGCUUGCGUGGAGUUGGACUCGGAAACAGAAGCCGUUGCCAACGAAGGCUUCAAACUGAGCUGCAUCUCCUGCAAGAUGAGGGGCGAGGUGCAGGCCGUGGCCACCGUCAACUGGUACUUCAAAGCCUCAGAUGAGACAGAGUUCUCUCAUUUAUACAGCUACGACGAUGGAACGCCCGAGAUCAUUGACCAACGUUUCUACGAGCGUCUCUUCUGGAACGGCAGCAAGAACACGAAGGACCUGCAGGACGGCUCCAUCUACAUCCUCAAUGUGACCUUCAAUGACACGGGAACCUACCAGUGCAUAUUCAGCCGCAUCCUCACGUAUGCCAACUACGAGUUUCAAACCAACACCAGCAAGACUAUCGUCAUGAAAGUGGUGCCACGACUCACCAGGGGACUGGCGUCCAUCUUGUCUGAGGUGAUGAUGUACGUGUCCAUCAUCGGGCUGCAGCUCUGGCUGGUGGUUGAGAUGAUUUACUGCUACAGGAAGAUCGCAGCAGCAGGAGAGGAAGCUCUGAGAGAGAGCGCGUCAAAGAAGAACUCAAGAGGGCUUCCUUGAGGAACCUCACAUCCACCCUCAUGAACUGCCCUCUCGCCGUCACUCACCUCCCGCCAUCUUCUCCAUGUGAUGGACAAAUGGAACCGCAGAGAUGAGGAAGAUCUUUGUGGAAACUUUUUUGUUUUGUUUUGUUUUAAAGUGACUUUUCUGCAAAAGGAUGGAAAACGACUGAACUUUGUCCCAUUCUGAGGGACAGGAGAGAUGCAUCGGGUGGACAGAGAGGGGGAGAGAUGUAUAUUGGUGUAUAAGUAUGCACAGAUAAUAUUUGAACACAUGUAGAUUAUAUUAUAGGCUUACGCUGUAUAUUCACUAUCUGCAUGCGCAAGAGUUUAACAACAAAACGACCGACAUCAUGCAUCUGAUGUCCUGUCACAUUUACGAGUUUUGAACCGGUUUUCUCAAACUCCAUUUCACACCAUGCGUUGGCAUCAGGGUUUGAUCAGUACAGAUUUUAUUUUAGCAUUGAUAUUCAUUUGGACCAGUUUUACUGCCACAAAAUGAUAAGUAUUUGACAUUUUCCUCCAGAAUAAAUGGAAAGGACAAAGAAAAAUAUAACUGCUGGUUCAUCAUAUCAGUGGUGGCCACACAGUCUGUCAAUAUCUAAACUUUAAGGACUUCUAUUUAACCAAUAUAUUUAUUAGCCUGAUAAAUAAACCGACAAACCACCUCCAAGGUCCAACCCUGACUGACAACACAUCCAAACAUUUUAUUUUCCUUCUGAAGAUAUUUUAAAUUUGUGAAAAGUCACAAGUGGACGGGAACGCGAUCGGCCGUCGCUCUCACGUCACCUGCUCACCAAUAGAAACGUUAUCGGUGUUAAAUGUGCUCAGCAUUUAGCUCGUCACUGCAGCGUGUUCGAUGACACUUUCAAGUAUUCUCAGAGUUUUGAUUUAUUAGCUCUGAAAUAAAAGGGACAUGCAGUCAGUAGACACUGUAAUUUAUAGCUUAAACUCAUAGAAGAAGAUUGUGCCAGUAAUGCUUUUAAUGUUUAAUGCCAGAAUGGGGAAACAGCUGAGAUGCUGUUGGUGGUUUCCUUGAUCCCAAGAGCCAAUAAUGAUAAAUCAGUCAAUCUUAAGCUAAAUUUCAAUGGAAAUUCCUUAAGGCGUGAUGACAGGCCUUUUCAGCGGCGUGUUUAAACUGACGUGUGUGACGCAGCAGGUUCACUGCUGACUUUAAUUUGCUCCUUGACAUUGAUUGCAAGUGUUAGUGCCGAGAAGAUUUCUCACCAGAUUAAGGUGGCGAGGAUUAAAAAUGGCACCCGGGUGUGACUCCCUAUGAGAAGAUGAUGCCCUCUUGAAUGCACCUGAUCAAUUUGUAUCACACCUUUAAAAAAAAACCCAAAAAAACGCACUGAUGUGUAGAUCCACACAAAUGUCUUAACGUCUUUGUAGAAACUAAAGGGCUUGGCAAACCGCUAUCAUCUAACUGCCGUGUGGGCAAAUGUACCACAAAACCUGUCCAGCGUGCCUCCCAGCGUGAAGCCAGUGGAAAACCAAAAGGAAAAAGGAAAGAGCUGAAGUCUUGUUGCAAAUCUUCAGUGUAGCAGCUUCUCUUUCCAGACAGCCAGUUGUUGACAAUGAACACUAGAUGGCAGCGAAACACUGCCGUUCUGCAUGUUUACUGUUAAAUCUUUUUGUACCAAAAGUUUGAUACAUUUUGAGAUACCGAGAAAGGGGGGCACACACAGACUAACAAAUUAACUGCAUGUUUACUGAUGGAAUAAUAACACACACUGUUUGACAAGAUGAAGAGAGAGAUGAAAUGUGAUGAUCUCCUGUGAAGGCCAUUCAGGCAGUCUUAAACGCUGCUGACUGAGGGGUUUACACUUCGGGUAUGUGUCUGUUUACAUCAUCAAAACGCCUUUUCCUGCACAGAUUGAACCGAACAGUGAAGUGAAAACCACACUGCUCCCCACACAACUGCUUUGUGUCCACGUGUUUUCUUUCAGCAGCGACUAAAAACUGUAGUUCAUGCGUAGGUGUGGAAACCUUGCUUGCCAAAAAGAAGAGAGAUGGAAAAAAAACAAGUGACUCACAGAAAGAAAUAAAAUUCUUGUGAGGAAA